GUUUGCCAUUUUUAGCACGUAUGCACGCAGACAUACGGAGAGAGAGAGAGAGAGAGAGAGAGAGUACCGGUGAGGAAAAAUGGAAGAACUUAAAAAGCUAGAGCAAGUACAGAGGACGCUAGGGUUCAUGGAGUCUCGUGGCAUGGCGACCUCAUCCGAUCUCGAAUCUAAUCGCUUCCUCGCCAAUCUCAUCGUCCUCUUGAUACAACCGUGUGGAGAGCUGGGCUUGGAGAAGAAGUGCAGUUUGGUCUCAGAACAUAUGCCAAAGAUUUCAGCUGCGUUUCUUGAGGAAGCGUCGCUCUUGCUUAGUCGGGAAGGCAUAAGCGAAGUGGAAGACAAGCAUAAUGGUUGUUGUAUGCCAGCCAUGAUCAGCUGUUUUCGAAAUUUUGUUGAUAAUUCUUUGCAACUUGAUUGUGACAAUAAGAAGGAUGCUGGUUUGUUACAAACUAAUUUUGAAGACAUGGCUAUGGUUGGGUUUGAUGCAAUGCAACGAGCAAAUUCUACUCUUGAGGAUUUUCAGUGCAGAUCGUAUUUUAUGUUCCACGGAAUGGACGUAAACAGGCCGCAAUUGUUAUUCAAAUAUUUGCCUGUGCUUUCAUUCACAGAAAGUUUUAUUUAUCAGCUGGAUAGUUUGAAUGAGAAGAUACUGCAUCUACCAACCGGUGGAAUCACUGUUUCAGAAAGAGGAUGCAAGGAAGGAAACCAGAGGUUGAUUACCAAGUUCACAGAUGCAUUUAAAAGCAAUCCGUUUGUACCACUUGAGGGUCUACUUGAAUGCCGUGGUCUUCUGACUGAAAGGAUAAGAGAAGAAUUUAGGCAUGGAGAAGAGUAUUGGGCUUUAGAAAGAAAGCUCUGUUGUGCACUGAUGAGCAAAGAGAAGAUCUCUGUUGAAGAUGUGUUGAGGGCAAUUCAUCUAAAAUCGUUUGAUUAUCGAGUUCUAAAUCUUCUUCUAUAUCAGCUGAGAGGAGAAAAGGUCAAUAAUUUGCAUAUGGAGUUUCUCUCUGUCUCAGAAUUCCUAGUGGAGGUAUCUGAUGAUCUGUUUGACUAUGAGGAUGAUGUAAUAGAGAAUAGUUUCAAUGUUUUGCGCAUGUUUGUCAGAAUAUAUGGAGCUUCAAAAGCCCCAACUGCGCUGGCAAAAUACAUUGCUGAGGCUGAACAGAAGUACGAGAGUUUACUGAAAACCUUGGAUCCCCAGCUAUCUUUGAAUUACCAGAAAAGAUGUGAAGAAGCCACCAAAGAAGGAGGGAAGAUAUCUGGACAUCGACUCGGAACAUGGAGUAUACCACCUGUGAUUGGAGAUGAGGAUUUAUAUCGAUCCAACUUCCCAGAUUCUAAAUGAACAGAGGCAUCUGGAUUAACAUUUAGUUGAUGAAAUGUCUUGAACGGGCGAUCUGGGUAUCAUUGUAGAACCCAACUCCACAUAAACGACAGAAUGAGCAGCAAGACUAAAAUGUUUUUGAAGAGACAUAAAACAGUUUGUGCAAAACACAUAGUCCUUGAGCUCCUUCCGUUUCAACUAAUGGAUGAUUUUUAAUUAUUAAACGAGAGAAAACUGAUAUAUAACUGUGUUCAGGGAAAAAAGAAUGCCCACUUGGAAGAGCAAGAAUUCUACAUUAGUUAAAACUGAUAUAUUGCAGAAGACUGUAGUGUUUGGAGCAACAGCUCAAACAAAAACACCGACAACCACUUACAUUCUUUACCCUUUAAAACA